CGUAUUUGUGAUGUCUUGAGUUACAGUCGGAUUCGAGCUAAAAAGAAAAAGGCUGUUCAUUGGUUUUGACGCAUAAUUUUGAAUUUUCUCAGGAAUUUUUCUAAUUUCCUAUAGGGAUCAUUCUGAGGUUUGGAUUAUUAAGGACCGGUGGGAACAGACUUUUUUAAGUAGAAAAUUCUCCUACGAAUUGGGAACAUCUACGCUCAACAGGGAUCCAAGAUCGCUGAAAACUUAAAUGAGCGCACAGGUCGAGAGAGAGAGAGAGAGAGAGCGAAUGGGUUUUCUUAAGACAAGCAAUUGAACGCUGAAGGAAGAAGACCGGCAUGGUUAUGUUGGAAGAACCGCUGAGAAUAAGAGAAGAAGAGUGCAAAGCAGCAGUAGGAUACUAUGGGCUCUGUGCUGUUAGUGGAAUGCUCAGUGCUGGCACCGCCCAUCUCGCCAUUACUCCUCUUGAUGUAUUGAAAGUCAAUAUGCAGGUGAACCCUGUCAAGUAUAACAGCAUUUACUCUUGCUUUACCAUUCUAUUGAGGGAGGACGGUCCUUCAGCGUUUUGGAGAGGGUGGGCAGGGAAGUUCUUUGGCUAUGGUGUUCAAGGUGGUUGCAGAUUUGGUUUGUAUGAAUACUUCAGGAACCUUUACUCCAAUGUCUUAGUUGAUCACAACAGGAGCUUCGUCUUUUUUAUGAGUAGUGCUUCAGCUGAAAUGUUUGCCAAUUUAGCUCUCUGUCCUUUUGAAGCUGUUAAAGUUAGGGUCCAGGCACAGCCCCAUUUUGCUAAGGGAUUGCUUGAUGGAUUUCCGAAGCUUUAUGCAUCAGAAGGCUUCCAUGGCUUUUACAGAGGUCUUGUUCCACUUUUGGGUCGAAAUCUUCCAUUCUCAAUGGUUAUGUUCUCAACGUUCGAGCAUUCUGUAGAUUUUCUGUAUCGUAAUGUCAUUCAAAGUAGGAAGGAAGAUUGCUCAAAAGCUCAACAGCUUGGAGUGACAUGUUUAGCUGGAUAUGCUGCUGGUUCUGUGGGUAGCUUUAUCUCUAAUCCUGCUGACAACAUUGUUGCUUGUCUUUAUAACAAAAAAGCUGAUAGUCUCAUACUGGCUGUGAAGAGAAUUGGGUUUUUCAACUUAUUUACAAGAAGCCUUCCUAUAAGGAUAUUGCUUGUUGGACCGGUUGUGGCUUUACAGUGGUUAUUCUAUGACUCUAUCAAAGUUUUAAGUGGCUUAUCUACUAGUGGAGAAGUUAUAACUGAUGUAGAAAUAGAUGGAGCAAACUAGAUUGACGGAAUCGAGGUAUGCAGCUAAUGUAAUGUUGAUCAACGCAACUACAGGCAAUAAUCCUAUCAAAGAAACAAAGGAGAACCAUAUUUGUUUUUGGCUUUUCAGAUUGAAUUCAAAUUCUUUUUGGAGGGUAGCUUUCUGAUGCCCCACCAUAUGUUAAUUUUCAAUAUGUUGAGCAACCACACUUACCGUUCAGCUUUAGCAAGGGUUAAAGCCUCUGUUGGAAACCUAGAAUACGUCCACUUAACAGAGAUAUUUUGGUAAAAUCUUAUGCAACGUGCACCUCCUAGCUCCUAUGAUCUUUGGUCUGUCUUGUUAUCGUACAAGUGGUACAAUAAAGAAAAAACAGCAAUGGGCUUUGAUUUC